UUUACUGCUGUCGCGAGCUAACGGGGCUGCACUGGGCUGCACUACGUAACUACGUCAUCUCCCAUUCUCCCCGCUGAUAGAAACAUCUGAACAUUAGAGAUGGCGACCAGUAUGUCAAAUGUAACAUAGCCCUAGCGAUGUUUUUAACAUUGCCCUUUGGAUAACGACCCCCUCUUUUGAUUUCACGUUCAAUUAGUAACCGGACACAAUGGAGGAACAGUGGGAUUUCGAGUUUUUGUCCCGAAUCGCUGAUAGCUGCUUGUCAUUCCUCUCUGAAUUUGUGGACGACUGGCUCGCAAACGACAUGAGAGUAUGCAUCUUUAAAAUCUUACUCGGCUGGUUAAUUUUUAGUCUUAUCGCCAUACACUUCGCGUGGAAAUUCUACGGGAAUACAGUGAACGAUAUGUACUAUCGACAGGGGACUGGACAGAACGGGGGCACACCUGAUACAGCCCCUCACUUCAGUGGAUGGGAAAGUAAAGCAGCAGCAGAUCUUAAGACUCAUCGAGAUUGACAGGACCACAAUGCUGGACUUAAGACUUGAUCCAAGUGAGAGGAGGACAGUUUACAUUUCCUACAGAGUUAUGUUUUGCUGAUAUCCAAGCAACUUCAGUGCAUUCAAGACCAAGCCAACUUCUGGCAACUGCCCAGAGGAAAAUCUGCUAUCACUUUUUAUUCUUACCAAAGUGUCACACUUAAAUACACUUCAUUACUUAUCAAGUGCUGUGUUUUUUAUUUUGGCCUGUUAGGAUUGUUCAUGGAAAACCAUACUCUGCAUUAAAAGCUUUUUUAAUGAGGUGUCAGUAAAAUGAGAAAAAUAUUCACGAGUUGUUUUCACAUUAUGGUUGCUUUAAUAACAUAUUGCCCUUUCAGUUUUCCAAUUUGACCAAGUGCAUGAAAAGGGUAUUAGAACUUGAUUUGAUUAUUUAAGACACUAUUUUUUCAAUACUUGACACAUGGGCUGAUGUGGAUGAAUUUUUUUAAAGUUAGAAGUAAGUUAUGUGCAGGUGGGAUAUGGCAGAGAGGAUCAUCUCUAACACUGUGCCUUCAUGAAAAUACACAGCCUGUAUAUAUGAUCCAUGCAAAACAGCUCAGGUUUUUCCCCCCUUAAAUUUUAAUAAACCGUUCCUCAUGAGAUGUGGAUCCAAUUUGUUAAUCUUAGGUAUUCACCCCCUUCUGACACAAACAAACUCAGUACAAUUAGGUACACAUUUAAAAUGUCUAAAUUAGUUUUAUUUUCAGUUGACCUGUUACACAUGUCAGAGAGCUUGGUUUAUUCCAGUGUGACUUAGUAUAAAAUAAUAAAAUAUGAAGAGUUGGUUGAAUAA